CACGAAUCUUCGCUCUGCAUCUGAGUCCUCCUUCAUGUCCAGGCCUGACAUAAACUCUCUUUCAGUCUGGUAGAGCUUCUACUGAGAGGAUGAACACGAACACACCCAGGACGAUGCUGUAAGAAACAAAGUGACUGUGUUAGGUUUGAGGAACUAUGAUGUGUGUCAGUAAAAGUUAUGGAUGCUCUAGACUCCAUUGAUCCAUACAGCAGACCAGCGCGCAGGACACAAUGGAUAGUCAGCACUCUGGCUUACCAUUACGGACUGGACCGAGGAGUGGAGAACGAGAUUAUAGUUUUGGCUACCGGAUUGGAUCAAUACCUCCAGGAGAUAUUUCAUCAUAUGGACUAUCAAGGUGGAGGAAAAAUCCCCGUGGAAGAUUUUAACAUCUUGUGUGAAGUUUUGGGACUAAACAAAGAGUCGGAGGAUACAGAAUGCUCCGGGGUUUUAGACAAUCUACCCAACGAGCUCACUUUCAGACACUUCCACGCUAAACUGUGCGGCUACUUCAGCACAAAGGCGGGCUGUCAGUAUGAGAACGGCCGCCUGCUGGUCGGGAAGGACAGCGAGCACAUCGAGACUCAGAUCCGCCUGAGGAGCCCUCUGAGGCGGCGAGGGAAGCUGCUGUCUGCGUCGGUGAGCCACGAAUCCUGCUCCUCCUCGGAGGAGCGGCACGCGUCCGGCUGCAGGCACGGCUCCUGCACCAAGGAGUGUUAUGAGGAGAUAGUGGCGCUGGAGGAAGCAGAGGACCGAGUAGCCAAACUAGAAGAUGAGAAUGCAAGUCUGAGGGAGCUGAUAGAGGACAUGAGAGCCGCCCUGCAGGGCAGUGAUGCCCGCUGCUUGGCUCUGCAGGUAGGACUAUGGAAAAGCCACUCCAAACAUAAACCAGAGGAAGGCUGUUUCGUUGGCCACCAGACACAAGCAGCCCAGAAAAGUUUGAGCAACACCAACCUGAAAAGCAGCACCUACAGCAACCUGAAAAGCCUGCAGAACAUUAUCCAGGAGAUAGAGCUGCUGCAGAGCUCCAGAGACAGACAGGUAGAGGAGGCUAUGCUGUGUAAUGAGAGACUGGAGCAGGAGCUGUGGAGCUCUAAAGAGACUGUGGCUGCUCUAGAGGACUGUAACCGAGCCCUGAAGAGGGAGCAGGUGGGCAUGAGGAGGAAGGUGGAGGAGGCCAGGCAGGCGUUGCUCAGUGGUCUGAGUAAGGUGAAGGAACUGGAAGCCAAGGCCAGUCAUGUGCCGGCUCUGCAGAGGCACGUCCUCCAGCUGGAGUCAGAGAUCCUCUACUACAGGUCGGAGGUGUCAAAACUACAACUCCCAAGCAGCACCAGGGCAGAGCAGCAGCUGAGUGCUGGCAGCAGGCAGGGUCAGAGAUGUUGCUUGGACUCCCAACAUGACCGAUGCUCUCCAACAGGGCGUGCCGUGACGACGCCAGAUAAGAUGGAGGAGCAGCUGUUUCGGUCGGUGGAGGGCCAGGCAGCGUCUGACGAGGAAGAAGAUAAGUGGACCGAAGACCAGCAGAGGCAGGUGGACGAGGUGAAGAGGAUCUUGACAAGGCUGUCCUGCUGUGGGGAAAGGUGCGAUGACAAGGCAUUCAAGAAGCUGAUGUCUAACUAUGGGAGCGUGAGGAGCGAGGAGAGCUGCAGCGCUGUGGUGGAGCUCCUGGAGAGGGUGACCAGGUUGCACAAGCAGCUGGAGCUGAAAGCGAGCCAGGCAGAGAUAGACAUGGACCAGAUGAAGGACUCUCUGGUGCAGGAGCUGCAGCAGAAGGCAGAGGAGACUGAGCUGCUUCAGAUGGAGCUGCAGAUGCUUGAGACAGAGAGAGUGCGUCUGUCGCUGGUGGAGGAGAAACUUGUGGACAUCCUGCAGCUCCUCCAGCAGCUCAGAGACCUGAACGUCUCACGGAGGUCUCUCGGGAAAAUCUUGCUCAGCACUUUGGGGUCCUGCAGCGACCCACAACAUGGGAAAGCUCACAUUCUGGAGGUGCUCAACGCCCUCUAUCAUGAACUGGCUGCCUGUGAGAUUCUGUCUGCUGGUGGACCUUUGAAGGAAACACAGAGUCAGGAGUCUCUGGUCAUCUCCUGCUAAUCAAGACUGCCUCCUGCUGGGCCAGUGAUGCUAAAACAGCCUUUCUAGAGAACACUGAAAGCUUAGCAGUGGCCAACAACAAGCUGAUUGAUUUGUAUAGUGUAUUAUAUUGUACCUUAUAUACUCCUCAGACCCUAUUAUCUAUAAUGGGAUAUUAAUCUAGAAUGUUAAUUAGCAUAGCAAGGAAAGUUGUGCAUAUACAUGUUUUAUUGCUAGAUUGUUUUUUUUUAUUUUUUACAUAACUCAUUUAUGAUCCAGUAUGGAUUUGUUUCCCACAACAGUUCAGAGUUCUGAAUGUGAAAAUGUUGAAAUAAGCUAAACCUUAACGUAGUCUGUGAAAUGUAUGGACCUCUACUGGUCAACAGGUCAACAACAAGAAUUUGCAGAUAUUUUUUUAUUUUUUACACUGCUUCUCUAUAAAGGCCA